AUGGGCGCCACCACCGAGCUCCACCUCAUCUCCGCCGCAAAACCACCACCCUUUCCAUCCCCAAUCUCACUACCACACCAACGUUUGCCACACACUAGUUAUUUUCUGCCGCCGCCACAGGCGGAGAUUCAAAAACAAGAGCUGAACAACAUAAUCGACGCCCUCAUUAGGGCCGGAGACUUUGCGGGAUGGAUCAAAUUGCUCUCCUCCGCCAACCCAUCAUCUCUGCCGCUCACCGCCACCCUCUUCGUUCCGAGCAACGAUGCUAUCUCCCGCGUCCCAGCCGCCAACGUCGCUGGAAUGAACUUCGACCCUUUUAUUGUACCUUGCUACAUAGUCCCACAGCGCCUCUCUUUCUCUAAUCUACAACAGUCCCCCAUCCUUACGCGCCUCCCCACGCUCUUCCCUUCCAAGUUCAUUGUCAUUACCAACAAUUCGCGAUUCAAUUUCACCCUCGAUGACGCCCUAGUCACCCAUCCAGAUAUUCUUGUGAACGCUGCUUUUUCAGUGCAUGGAAUCAACAACGUUCUUGAUUACAAUGUCUAUGGCGGCAAUGACAACGGCCUCUUUACAGCACCGCCGCCAGACAAGACAGCAGCAUUGACGCAUAUGCCUACACCAAUCCUUGUGCCCACGUCGCCAAAAGACACAAAACCGGUGGAAGGAACUAUCAUCGUGCCACCAUCUCCAAAUGACGCGAAACCGGAGGAAGAAACUAUUAUCGACGUGAGUUUUGGCGUGACACGAUUGUGCAAUGUGUUCGUCAUAGUUUUUUUGGUUGUUUUUGCAUCCAAGAUUCUUUGA